GUCCGAUAUUCGAAACCGGCGGUGCCUAUUGCCAUCACCAACCCUCCCAGCUUCUCCCUUUUCUUUUUCUGAGAGAGAGAGCGAGGAUGGCGGAAGAGAAGCAGCCGGCGCUAUUUCCCUCAUGUAUGGCAUUCUCCGUGUGGCCGCCUAGUCAGAAGAUAAGAAACGCAGUGAUCCAGCGUAUUGUGGAGACGCUUUCCAACCCUUCCGUCCUCUCCAAGCGCUAUGGCGUCAUGGACGUCGAGGAGGCCUCAUCCACCGCCCGGAUGAUCGAGGAUCAGGCAUUCCUCGCCGCCUCAAGCUCGCGAUCUCUGGAGUCCGGUGCGGGCGACCCCGUGGGCCUUGGGAUCGAGACCCUGCAGCUCUACUCCAAGGAGAUUAGCCUGCUCAUUCUCGACGCCGUCAAGGCCAGGGCAUCCCCUGAUGAGAAGACCCAAUCGCCGCCACCUGCCGAUGCCGCUGUCAUCACUUCGAGUGAAGAUAAUUCUCAGCCAUCUUCAGCUCUGUAUGAAUGAUCUGAUAACGGGGACAUUACCAGCAACCUUUAGGGUUUUCUUUCCUUUCAUCCCCCUUUUUUGUUACUCUUCAAGGUCUUUCUGCUCAACAAUUGCAAACUGUUUUAGCGCAUAUCUCCGUAGCUUCCUCUGUGGCUUAUUUGAGUGAGGAUUCUUCUCAUCUUUCCGUUUUUUCCUAACCAUCCUAAAAUUGAACCUUCUCUGCUUAUCUAGAGGUUCUUCCUCUAUCUUCCCAGGCAGUAAUUUCCCGGUUGGUUUUUUGCUGUGAAUGCUGUUAUUUUUAGAGCUUUUCUUGUUUGUGCAUUUUGUACAUUGGCAUCGGGAAAGAGAACUUCCUGUUUUUUAA